CUCUAUCUUUAUAUAUACAGUCUAUGGUCUCUAUCCUAUGAAGAACCCAUUUUCAUCUGAAGCGGGAGGUCAAACGUUUGAAAGUCUGAAAGAUGUCAGAUAAGAAGAAGAAGAAGAAGAAGAAGAAGCAGAGAGAUCUGCUGUCAUUCUGGGCAGUGGAGGGUCAACCACCCCCUGCCAAACUUGCCAGGUCAGAGGAAACAGUGGAGGAGGCUUUGGAUCUAUCAGUGAAUGACAGAGCGGAGGAACAUGAGUGUCCAAAGGGCACAGAGAAUGAGACUGCAGAGGAGACAGAAGAUGAUGAUGUAGAAGGGAUUAAGGCUCCAGAGGACACAGAGGAUGAGACAGAAGAGCCAGCAGAGGAAACGGUGGAGAUGAGAGUAGAAACAGGGAAAAAGCAGAGUGUUAAAAGUGGAGCAGCCACCUACAGGUGCACUUUUAAAAGGGAGUGGACAGCAGAAUGGCCAUUCAUCACUAUAGGCACCACCACCUCCUACUAUUGGUGCUCUAUAUGCAGACAUGAGAACAGCUGUGCCCAUCAAGGAAAGGCAGAUGUCAUCAGGCAUAUGAAAAGCAAAGGGCAUCGUGCCAAAGAACAGGCAAUACAGUCAACAACCACGAUUGCACCGUAUUAUGCCCCAGUCUCUGUUGGUGGCAUGACAGCACAAGAGGCCAAGACAAGGAGAGCUGAGGUAAAGGUGGCAGUGUCAAUGGUCGAACACAAUGUGCCGUUUGCAGUAGCAGAUCACUUCAGCCCAUUGCUAAAAGAAUGCUUCAAAGAUUCCCCUACUGCACAGAACUACAAGUGCGCCCGCACAAAAACAUCGUGCAUAAUAAAUGAAGCAGUGGCCUCACAUUUUAGAAAGGAACUGGUCAUGAAGAUGAGGACCAAUCCUUUCACAUUAAUCACAGAUGGAUCAAAUGAUACAGGAAGAGAGAAGAUGAACCCACUCACUGUGCGGGUAUAUGACAGUUCCACCAGUAAAGUUGUCCACAGGUUUCUGGAUAUGUGCCCCACCAGCGGGCCAAGCUGCGGCACAGCUGAAGUGAUAUACCAGAAGAUGGACGAGGCCUUGCAAAAAAAACGCCAUACCAUGGAGAAACUGUGUGAGUCUGUCUGUUGAUAAUGCACCUGUCAAUACAGGAGCAAGAAAUUCCAUCGCAUCCAGAAUUCUUAAAGAACAUGGCAGCAUCUACAUCCAUGGGUGCCCCUGUCACGUCAUCCACAACACUGCCAAACAGGCUGGCCUGGGCUUUUUGGAGGUGUGUGGAUUUGAUCCAGAGGAUCUGACUGUGGAUGUGGGAUACUGGUUUAAAGGAAGCACCAAUCGUAAAGGUUACCUGACAGAAUUCUGUGAGCUCCAUGGAAGCGAGUAUUUAGAAAUACUUAUGCACGUUUCCAUUCGAUGGUUGAGCCUGGAGAGGUGUUUGACUCGUAUCCUGCAGCAGUAUGAGCCACUGGCCAGCUACUUCAAGUCAUCAGAUGAGAAACAACCAAGGUUCAGGAGGCUGUUGGAAGCAUUCUCUAACCCAAUGACAGAGGUGUACCUGCUGUUCUAUCAAGCAACGUUGCCAGUCUUCUCCACCUUCAACCUCCUCCUCCAGAGAGAGAAGUCCUCCAUCUUCCUUCUACAUGAUGAGAUACGGAGUUUCAUCCGCAAGUUGCUUUCAAAGUUUCUGAAGCCCGCAGCACUGCAGCACCAGGAACUGCAUGAAAUCCUCUAUAAGGACCCAUCAAACCAACUGCCAGGAGAAAAGCUGGUGAUCGGCUUCACUACUCGAGGUACACUCAACAGGCUCCUUGAUGCAGGAGACAUUACACCGCAGCAAGUGCAGAGGUUCCAGCAGGCAGCAGUGGCGUUUCUGGUGAGGGCUGUGGAGUAUGCCAUGAAGAAACUCCCCAUGAGAGAGCCCCUCAUAAAACAUGCCAUGUUUCUGGAUGUCCAGCAGAGGGUAGAGUGUGGAGUGGAAGACGCCUUGUACUUUGUCGACAGGUUUCCUGAACUUCUCCCAUACAACGGACCUGACGAGCGUGACAAACUGGGUGAGGAGUUUCUGGACUACCAGUCCAUGGACAUUGCCAUGCCCGAAGACCCAGCCACGUUCGACAUAGAGAACUUUUGGGGGAACAUGGCAUCAAUGAAGAAUAAGGUGACCGGGAUGAGCAGAUUUGGGAGGCUCUCUCGUAUUGCCAAGUUGGUGUUGGUACUUCCGCAUUCAAAUGCUGAUGCUGAACGAGUGUUCUCUGUGGUGGGACUGAACAAAACCAAAACAGUUUGGCUCUUGAUGGAACUCUGUCAUCCAUCAUGACUGUGAAGAUGGCAAACCUUGAGCCAGUGUUUCAAAUGGGAGCCCCCUCCCUCUGUCAUCAAGGCAUCAACAUUGGCCACAAACACCUACAACAUGAGACAUGUCAUGUAAAAGAAAAAAACAUAAACAAAGACAUGCACUUUAUUUUUUUAUAAUAUAUAUUAUAUAUAUAUUAUUCUGGUUCUAAUGUUGUUACACUUAAAGAAAAAAUGCACUAAAGGAAAAGGCUGCUAUUGGUUCUUAAAAGGCUGAUAUUGUUUCAUUAUAUUGACAUUUUAUAAAUAAAUGUAUUUUAUUUGUUAAACUU